CCGCCGCCAUGAAGCCGUAGUCAAAACUAAAACAGGAAGCUAAAGGUGAACUGACAAAAAUUCCGCAUUCGAGGAGCCCCGCGCUGGUCCAGCCACUCGUCCCCUUACUAAAGGGACGCAUCUCUCCCUACCACGACUCAAAUACGAUGGCCCAUUUUCUCUCCACAGCCCUUGCCUUCCCACACCCCUCAGUAGAGAAAAAACACAAAACGAGUUCCAAGCUUUCGCAAGUUACUGAGAACUAGUAAAAUAAAACUUGACAACAAAUUAAAGAAUAAACAGUACAAGCAGCAGAGUGCUGCUAAGAAGUAUCGAAAAGAACAAAAGAAGUUAAGGGAGGCUGUCAGAGAUGCUAUCUCUAGAAAACCUUUUCCAUUGGAAGAAUGCAAGAAAAAACAAGUUGUUGGAAAACAGGAAGAAGAUGAGGAAGAAGAUGCUCUUCCACUGGACAUGAUGGAUGAAGAUGACUUAAAAUUAAUGGAGGAUUUGGCUCAAAAAGCAUCCUUUUUAACCAGAGAUCUUUCUUCUAAUGAACCUGUUCAUGUCAAAAAACGAAAAUGUGAAAGCGUGAUUGACAAAUAUGAGAAGGUGCCAAGACGCGUGCAGACUGAGCCAGAAAAAGAAGUCAUCCAUCUGCUCCCCAUCAAAGACAAGGGUGGCAUUAUUCCCCAAACUAUGGAAAAACCAGUUCUCAAUGUUGCACAGGAUGAAGAAGAGGAUACAGAAGAAAUGGAGGAAGAAGAGGACUUUAAUGAAGAACCCCUGCCUGUUCUCACUCCUGAGGAAAUGGCUGCUCAAAGGAGACAAAAGCUGCAGGAAAGGAAGAUGCACAUAGCUGCCUUAGCAUCUGCCAUUCUCUCUGAGCCAGACAACAAUAUUAAAAAGUUGAAGGAGCUGCGUGCCAUGCUGACGGAACAGGAUCCUAACGUGGCCGUGAUUGUUCGGAAGCUUGUCAUGGUUUCUUUGAUGGAGGUUUUCAAAGAUAUUGUGCCUUCUUACAAAAUUCGGCCUCUGACUGAAGCAGAAAAAGCUACCAAGGUUAAAAAAGAAACUCAGAAACUGAGAGAAUUUGAAGAAGGCCUUGUAAGCCAGUAUAAGUUUUACUUGGAAAAUCUGGAACAAACAAUUAAAGAUUGGAAACAAAGGAAGUUGAAGAAAAGCAAUGUCAUCUCAUUAAAAGCAUAUAAAGGUCUAGCAGAGAUAGCAGUGAAGUGUCUGUGUGAGCUGCUUGUGGCCCUACCCCACUUUAACUUCCACAAUAACAUUAUCGUUCUCAUUGUUCCGCUCAUGAAUGAUGCAUCAAAAAUGAUUUCUGAACUAUGCUUUGAGGCAGUUAAGAAGCUCUUUAAACAAGACAAGUUGGGCUAUGCUUCACUUGGUGUAGUUAAGGUCAUUUCUGGCCUUGUGAGGGGUAGAAAUUACGAUGUCAGACCUGAGGUGUUAAAAGUAUUUCUUCAUUUAAGAAUUAAGGAAGUAGAAUUACAAAAAGAUUCUGAAGACAUUGCACCAAAGAAAAAGUUCAUGACUUACAAAGAGAAAAGAAAAAAUCUUUCAAGAAUGCAAAGAAAGUGGAAGAAAGCAGAAGAGAAACUGGAACGAGAGCUCUUGGAAGCAGAAGCGUCAGAAAGUAAAGAAAAAAAACUGAAGUUGCACACAGAGACUUUGAAUAUUGUGUUUGUAACUUACUUUAGAAUCUUGAAGAAAGCUCAGAAGUCUCCACUUUUGCCAGCUGUGCUAGAAGGUCUUGCAAAGUUUGCUCAUCUGAUAAAUGUGGAAUUUUUUGAUGACCUGCUGAUUGUCCUUCAUUCUCUUAUUGCAUCUGGGGGUUUAAGCUAUCGUGAGAGUCUUCAUUGCAUUCUCAGUGCUUUUCAUAUACUCUCCGGUCAAGGUGAUGUUCUUAACAUUGAUCCAAUGAAAUUCUACACACAUCUUUACAAGACACUGUUCAGCCUACAUGCAGGUGGUACCAAUGGUGAUACAGAGAUUGUGCUCCAGUGCCUGGAUGUCAUGUUUGCCAAGCGGAGAAAGCAAGUUUCCCAGCAACGAGCUCUUGCUUUCCUAAAGCGACUUUCCACACUUGCUCUUCAUGUACUUCCAAACUCCAGUGUUGGCAUCUUGGCAACAAACAGGGUGUUAAUGCAAACAUUCCCAAAGAUGGACCUUUUACUAGACAACGAAUCUCAAGGCAGUGGAGUUUAUCUUCCAGAACUAGAUGAACCAGAGCAUUGCAAUGCUCAGAACACAACUCUGUGGGAGCUGCAUUUACUGCAGAGACACUAUCAUCCAACAGUGCAGAAAUUUGCAGCUCACCUUAUUGUUGGAGCUCCAACUGAAGGCUCAGGAGCUCUUUCACUUGAUUUGAGCCAAAGGCCUGCUACAGAACUUUUUGAGGCAUACAGUAUGAGAGGAAUGACUUUUAAUCCCCCUGUUGCAUCAGUAACACCCAGAAGAAAGGAUACAUUCUCACAAAUGGAUUCAUUUAUAGAUGAAGAGCUAAACAAACAGCUUCAACAACACAUCAGUGAGACUGUUGUUCACAAACCCUUGGAUUUUGCUAAACACUUGAAGGAAUCAUCCUUUUCGUAAAUGUAUCUAUCAAUCAGUCGUGUUCAGUUGGCUUCUUAAUUAUGGAGGAAGAUUGGCUGAAAGAGAUUUCCACUCAUCAUUAAAGGAAUUCAAGUAGGCUUUUUUUUGAAUAUAGAAACACACAAAAAAUGUAAUAGCUUUUUUUCACACGGAGUUACAAGGCCUCUCCACUUAAACACCAGGCCCAUGUGCUCAGGCUUGGGAACCGCAAUGAACAUUCACAUCAGUAAUUUAAAAAGGCACAAAACCAGGUCAUUUUAAAAUUGUUUUAACCAUGCAUUAUAGUAUUUUUGUUUAUAUAUGUUCUAAUUUUUGUAACAGAAUAUAGACAUAUGAGUUUCUGAAAAAUCACUGGGUUGUGUUGAUAACUUAAUAAAUAUAUUGGAAAUUUUAACAUAAUAUUGACGUUUUCGAUGUUUAAGAUACCUAGAGAUUAGGAAUAUGUAUUGCAUUUUUUCUGUUCUUCUGACGUCUCCUAACCAUUUAUCUCAACUUGAAAUGAUUUUGCAAUUGGUGGGGUUUUUUCCCUCCGAUGAAUCUUGGUAUUGGCAAAUUGAGACUACUGAAUUCCAGUUCUGAGCUAUCAUCUUGAUUGAAUGCUCUACUACAAUGUCUUCAAUAAACCACUGCUGUCAAGAACACUGGACAAAGUCAAGGUAAGAAUUUAAAUCUUUUAAAUCUUGGAAGUAAUUUUCUCCCCAUUCUCCAAAUAUUAGUUACUGCUUGGUUGUUUUAGAAUCCAUUUUCAGCUGCAUGUUGGCUUUGCAAACAGUAAGUAAAAUAUAUGAAAUAACUUAAAAGUGAGUAUUGUCUUUAUGUGAAUUCCAUUCUACAGGGGAGUGUGGUGGGCUGUCCCUGGCUGGCAGCUAAUACAUUUUGUAGUGUUUAGUCUAUGAUGUGGUAAUGAUACGUGUUGUAAGUUUUGCAAAGCUUUUGUUCAAGUCGCUUAACCUCCUUACAAUGAUCAGAAAAUACUACUUUUUCUCUAGGUAUUUAGUCAUUUAUCCUGAUUUAUGGUUCUUAGAUAGUUUUAUAAGUAAUUUAUUUUAAUACAUGUUUUUAGUAUUAAUCAGACUAGUUCACCAAAUUUCAAGUAGUUAAACAUGAAUUCACAAACAUUUUUGGAAGACAUCUAUCUAAUAAUGGAUUAGAAAAUAGAUAUUUUACUAUGUAGAUUACAAAACUGCCUACAUAAUAGUGAUGGUAAUACAUGUGUUUCUAUCUGUUUAGGGUGCCAUUCCCAUAGCUUUUGAGUAAUUCUUUUUAGUUGUUAAGUGUUUGCAACUAUGGAUGUGAUUUAAAUUCUGAAAAAUUCCAAGGGGGCCAUUUUCCAGUACUUUGUCAGUUCAGGAAGGCAAAAAGCAAAGAGUCAACAUCUUAAACCAUUUAUUUUUUUUACAACAUAUACAAAUACAAGUUUAUUCUUCAAGUCAGGAGAGAGAAAAUAGUCCAGGUGGAAAAGUAACUUUUAAAAUUGUUCAUUUUACAUAGUUUCCAAACAAUAUAAAGACUGGCACGUAGUGAUGUUGCAUUGUCAGAAUACUUUGACAUGCUUUAAGAGGCAGAGGAAGACAACUGUACAACUAAGUCAUUCUGAAAUAUCCUAUACAUGUAUUGGAGCGAAAUCUGUUUACUGUUGUUUAUUUUUGUGUUUAAUUUGCUAACUCUGCCAAAUGUCUAUCACUACUGAAGUUACAAAAUAUUUAUCACAGACAGGAAAAAUGCCACCAUUGUUUGUUACAUUUAGUGGGCUACCCUAAAAGUAAACUGAGUUUUAUAGUGGACUAGUAACAGCCAGUGAUUAAAAAACAAAUGUUAAUUGAAGCAUUCGGAGAGCUAGAGCAGAAUAGACAGUUCAGUUUCAGAAGCUGCAGACUCAACCUUUCACUGAAAUGUAAAGCUACCAGCAAGUUCUUUUUUAAAGAUAAACUAUGUAAGAGAAUGUGUUCUUGAAAUACUUAGUUAUUUCCAUGUUAAAGUCUUUAGUUCUUGAAAGCACCUGAUUUCUAGAAGCAGACGGCUUUCUGAAGAUGGCUAUUGAGAUAUUUCAUCUAGUAAUAUUUGUAGCAAUAAAAAUAAUAUGACCAGGUUUUAAAAAUUAAAACUGACAUAAUAUUUUUUAUUCUUAUAACUACUAAACUUGGGAUCAGUAAGAUAGAUACAGGAAACACUCCAGGCGAUAGGAAGUACCUCCUGGUGUGCCCCAGUUCCUGUAAACUGAGUAGUACUGCAAUGAGGCCAGGAUCUGUGGCUGCCCAGCUUUUGUCCCAUACUGUCACACCACUGCAAGCAGCACAUGCUACACAAGGAAAAUAUGAGAAAUUGAUAGAAAAGUAACAGUGGUUUUAGAAUAGUACAGAAUAAAAUACUUCUGUAUUUUUGCCAAUAGGCAACAGAGCAUGAGAUUUCCACCUGGAAACUGUUCAGCGUGAGACGGAACACAGACUGCAUGUUUCUGGAAGGUGUUGAUUAUUUACAUUCCUUUCUUUCAAACUUUAUCCUGGAAGCAGCUUCCUGUAAAUAGUUUGUAAUGUAAAAAUGAAUGUAUUUUCCUAAUUGAUGUCCGUGCCCAGCCAAAAGCACAGAAAGGGACAAAGUUACUUUAUCAGUCUGUCUUUCUUGUCAUAGGAAUGUGUGGACAGGUAUUCCUCCAGAAAUAAAAUCUGUGGCUAAGCAGAAUAAACUUUCCUAUUAGAAUAAUCACUCAGUGAAAUUGGUUUAACUGGGCUUUCAUGAAAGUUAACACCACCCCCACCCCCCGCACCCCCCAGCACUUUAAUGCUUCAACUGGUGGUGUAUUUUCAUUAUUUCAUUAUUAUGACACUUGGAACCAACACAAAGGGAAGGAUAUUCCUUUCCAACCCCAAAAUAUAUACCACAUUUCACCAACAAAAGUUUACUCAGAUGUUUACUAAUACCUAAACUUGAAAUUGAUAUAUGUACAUUAAUGAAAAUACUGGAACAGUGUAAUUAGCCUUACACAAUUCCAGAUGUUUACAUGCCUAUAAAGUUGGGGGUUUUUAAUAGCCAAAUAUUUUGCUGUUCUCUUUCACUGUGAUAAACAGCAGCAAAAGCAGCUUUUGACUUUGAUGAGGAAGAUACUUAUAUUAAUAAACUAUUCCCACAGCUAGAAAAUUAUUGUAUUAGCAUAAAUAGUACAAAACUACUGUUUUUAAAUUGCCACUAGACUUGAGGCGAGUCUCAGACCCGUGUUACACAAUGUGACAUUUUCCCAAGGGUUUUUUUUCCUUUUUAAAUCUGUGUGACAAAACCAUUAGUGGAUGAUGACAUGGGCGUAAGAACUUUCUCUGUUGAAUCUAAUGAAUUAGCAAGCAUGUCUUCCAGGCUACUGUGAUACUACAGGUGAUGUUAAGAAUUUUCAGUGCUGCUCAAUAUAAAAAAAAAGCCAAACA